AUGGUUAUCCCUGCCGCUGCUGCCACUCGACCGCCUCGGCCGCCCAAGCCGAGUCACCUCUCCGUCGCCUUGACGGGCACCCUCAACUCCGAGGCUCUUAGGACAUACAUCCGUGCUCAGGCAACAGGCAGCAGUAUUGCCGGCUUCUCAACCAUCGGUACCAAGAGCACUCAGGGAAGCGACGACGAUGACGAAGACGCCGACCAAUGGAUGACGGCUCGACCACCGCAUACACCUAUCAAGACGACGCCCCUUGAGUCCCUAUUUGGCGAUGAUGGUGGCCAGCAUCAUCGCUCUUUCUCGUCCAUUCCCACUGUCAAGGGGCGACCAGUACCCUCGGUUGCACUUGCAGAGGACGACGUCGCCGAAGACGAUGCUUUAGCGUACGCUUCCAUCCCCGAGGCGCCUCUUCAUUCUAGAACGUCCACUGAUGCAAGCUUUGCGACGAUCAAGCCAGCAUCGUCUUCCUCAGGACAGCAAAGGCCAGCACUACGCCCCGAGUCGCUGGUACCAGGAAUGCUUCUAGCUUGGGAUACAGGUACGACUUCGAAUGGAUCAAGCCCGCAUGUGCAUGAGCGCUCGAGAGCGCCUUCGGUACUCAGCGCUGGUGGUGACGAGGGCAUGCGAUUCUCACAGUGGGACAUGCAGGGCCCGGCGGCGAACGGGAAGGCUGACGCUGUCAAUCAGGAGCAAGAACAGGACAAUGAGGUUCAUGGGUCUAUGCCCCCUGAAUCGAUGGCUGCUCAAGCGACUGAGGAGCCUCAACCAACGGAGGAGCAGCUUACAAGCAACAGCUCGGCCGAAACCACAAGCGAAAUGCCCAUCCAAGCUGAGCCUGUUCUAGCCGUGGCCAGCCCAUCUGUCGAUGCUCCAGCAGCCACGAGCUUCUAUGAACUCCCUGAUGCGCCAGCUCCCUCUACCUCGGCCAAUCCCCUCCCUGCCGGGCGACCAGCACGAGCGCUGUUUGCCAUCCAAGGGGAAGCAGCCUUUAACGAGCUGACUCUCUCUGCGGGUCAGACGUUCAACGUACUCAAUGACGAUCUGCAGGGCGGUUGGAGCUUGGCUGUCGUCCCUGACCAGACCACACCCGAUGGAUGGAGAAGAGGGCUCGUCCCAAAUGGCUGGUAUGCCUUUGAGCGAGAAAUGCUGCCGCCGCCGGCAGUGGAUGUUCAGGAGGCGGCCACUACGAUCAGCUCGAAGGCUGAGCAGGGAGAGGAGGACCACAGCAGCUACCUUGCUGCACCAUCAAUCGCCGCGACUGCGCUCUAUGCCGAGGGUCAGCUUCACUCGCCGACCGGUCAAGAGCAAGAUCUCUCACCAGAAGCGCUCAGCGAACAGAUGAGUGCCUCAAGACCUGCAGAGCGCUCUAGAGCGACGCUAGCUCUCAGCCAACUUGUGCCUCCACCAUCAGACCAUGGGAGGGUGCGCUCCUACGAUGGCAGGUCAGACGACAGCGGCAGAGCGGGCUCGCUUCGCGGUAUACCCAGCAUGCCUGCCAUCGAUAGGCGCGGCGACGAUCUCGAUGACAACGACAGAGCGAGCUCAUCCUCGCUACCAUCCCGUCCAACCCCAUCUCUCAUCCAACCCUUCUCGCGCUCCUUCAACCGCUUCUCCCCCUUUGUCAGCAGCGGGGCAGAAGCCUACCUCCUCUCGCCAGACGACGUGGUCAACUAUCAUCACCAUCAACACCGCGAGCAGCAGCGCUCCGGCUCCAGCUCAGACUCCUCCUCCUCUCCCUCGGUCCUACACUUGCGGCACGGCUCCUCUCCCUCUUCCCGCUCCUCUGAGAUCGAUCCGACCACAGCCGCAGUACGGUACGAAGUAGAGACUAGCCUACACGGCGAGCUCCGUUGGCGUGAAAAGGUCGCACGCUUUUGGGUAGAAGUGCACUCAGCGCACUACUUCAAGCCAAAAGCGAGGAGAAGAGGCUGGUUGAUGGACAGCGAGGCAGAGGGAUUUGUCGUAUUUCAGGUCGCGACGAGAUUCAUCUCCGAGCGCGGCGGGGUCGAGCGUGAGAACGAGGAAUACAGAGAGGCAGCUGCUCCGCCCCCGUCAGACCCCGAGUGGCCUUCAGAGGAGCCCGUGCAGGUUUUGACGGUAUCCAGGCGGUUCCAACAUUUCGUCUGGCUUGCUGCUCACCUCGCUGCUACCUAUCCCAUCGUGGCGUUGCCCCCUCUACCAGCCAAAAGCCGAUCGAGACGCUUCGAUCGAGGCUUUAUCGAGGAGAGGCGCAAGGUGCUAUCAACUUUCCUCGAGCGGGUGGCGCGACACCCGCUACUAAGGCAGGACGAGGCGAUUGUCGCCUUCUUGACUUCGGGGGCUGUUGAAGAGAGUGGGGACGACGACGUCACGACAAGUACGAACGAGGAGUCUCUCUCCUCCUGGGAAGAGUGGGUCAAGGAUCACGUCCAGCAGCAAGCCUUGACCAGCAGCGCCACGACGUCGGCGGUACCAGGCGCCGACCUCUUUGCUCGCUCUCUCCAUCCCGAGUUCGCCAUCGAUGCAGAAGACGUCGAAGUCGAGUGGACGGCGGCGGAGAGAUGGGCCAGCCUGGCAGAGGAAGGAGUAGCAAGCUCGCAUCAGGAUGCGCUGCUGGAGACGAUGCGACGCUUCCGUAAUGAUGUGUCCCGGUUUUCGGAGGGGUACAGAUCCCUCGGCCGAAGUCUGCUGAAGCUUACGACUCUCAGCGAUGGCGAUACCGCUGCGACCAGCAACAAGGGAAUGCGCUCACCUAGGCGGCCAUGCUGGUGCUGGCGGCCCGCUUGCACUUCUUGCUCAGUCCUCACGACCUGCCUUCAAAAAACCGCCGAUGCCCUUCAAGACGUAGGGGCAAUCCAGGACAAUCAAGCACGCUCCUCCCUCCUUGCACUUCACGAGCGUCUCUGGUCCAUCAGCCGUCCGCACGCUGUGCACGCCGACCUGUUUGACGUUGGGCGGGAGACGCUCAGCCGCUACGAGUUGGCACGCAACGCGGAUGCCGCAGCCGCCCUGACGCAACAUCAGAGGGCGGCAAGCAGCUCCAACAAAGCAGGCAGCACGGCAAAGCUACCGGUGGAGACGGCUGAGCUUCUCGCUUCCAAGGCAGAGACGGUUCUCAACGUCGCUAUGGCGGAGCUGGAGUGCGUACAUAGUGACAAGAUCGAGGACUGGGCGAAAGUCGGGCGUGAUGUGCUUGAUAGCCAGAUUGAGAUGCAUCGUGCCGCCUUGGAAAGGCUGGAAGCGGCCAGGGAGGAGUGGACGGACGAGGCUUGGCGAGAGAAGGCGGCCCAGGUCGAGAAUGGCCAGAUCAGAGAGGCGUCGCCCUACUUGGAGGAUUUGAAGGCGGCAAGGGCUGCUCCGCCUGCCCCGCUUCCGCAGCCGACUGCGUCGAUCCUGCCGCCGGGCGUGAUCGAGCGUGGCAUCCUCAGGCCGGUUGGGCUUGCAGGUGACUACGUGCUUUCGGUGAUGGGCUUGGGCUCGCAUGCGGCCGAGUUCAAUGAGACGGGGUGA